CAACGUAUUUUCACUGGAGCACCGACUGGUCAUGCUGGGGCAACAAAAUGAGAAAUAGUGAAGCAAAAUCGUAAAUAUUAGCAAAUGAGCAACUUUGAGGUCCCUCGAACGUGUUGAGUUUCGAGGCCCACAAACAUCGAAGCGCAUUUAAGAUCCGCCGGAUCGAGGCCACCGACCAGGAGCUCCGAGGACCACAGAAAACCCGUGCGAAUUACAGGAAAAGCGAUCGGUGCCAUGUCAGCUCCACUGGCCAGAAACUGGCCCUACAUCUGGCAGCAGCUGAACGCCCUGGUGCACAACACCUCGCCGGUGAUCACCCUGAUCUGCGUUGUGACCACCUUCGGCUACCUGCUCUCCUUCUCGGAGACCGCCAUCCUGCUGCUCAGCGUCACGCCCGGCUACAUCCUCCCCAACGGCAAGUUCUGGAUAUGGACCGCCUUCACCUUCUGCUUCAUCGAGCUGCACUGGUGGGAGGUGGCGGUCGACGUGGUAACCGUGGGCCUCUGCGGGAAGAUGCUGGAGCCCCUUUGGGGCCAGCUGGAGAUGUUCAAGUUCUUUGCGCUGAGCAACUUCGGCGUCUCGCUGCUGACCACCGUAUACUACCUGUUCUACUACAUGGUCACCAAGAACCCUACCAUACUCUUCGAAGUGCACAUCCACGGUCUUGCCGGCUACGUGGCCGGCAUUUGUGUGGCCGUGCGCCAGAUAAUGCCCGACCACCUGAUCUUUAAGACGCGCUAUGGACGUCUGACAAAUAGGAAUGUUCCACUCACCGUCCUCAUCAUGGCCAUUAUCUUCUGGGCCAUCGGUCUGCUGGAUGGCACUUAUCCGGCAAUGUUUGCAUCUGGAUCGCUGGUCUCCUGGAUCUACCUACGCUUCUACCAACACCAUCCCAAUGGGCGUGGUGACAGCUCGGAGAACUUCACUUUCGUCAGCUUCUUCCCGAACGUAUCGCAGCCGUUUAUCAGCGCGUUGGUUAAUCCAAUUUACAACUGUUGUUUGCGGGCGGGCGUGGUCAAGACGCCAACGCCACUGCGAACGAUAUCUACGGCCAGCCUGACGUCGAUAUCUGUGCAAAUGCCGGGCGUGGAUCCGCACGAUAUUGAGCGAAGGCGACAAAUCGCGUUGAAGGCACUGAGCGAGCGUUUAAAAGCCACGGACUCCACUCGUCACUCCCAGCUGCCUAAGUCGUUCCCGCAGCAGCAGCAGGUGCAGCAUGCGCCGCAUCAGCAGCAAAAGCAUCACAGUCACGGAGGUGGGCACAGUCACAGCCAUGGAACGGGCCACAGUCACAGCCACGGAGCGGGACAUAGUCAAAGCCAUGUGGCGGGGCAUGGUCACAGUCAUGGUCCCGGACCCGCUCAGAUGCCGCAGCCCGAGUUCCUUAAGCCCACCGGCAGCUCCAGCCAGCUGCCCAUCACAACGUCGCGGGCGGAACCCCGCAUGAUCAGCACAAUGAGUCCGAUCGCAAUACCCAUGCCUGCGCCACCUCCCAAGGAAGGGAAUAUUCCGGGCCAAGGUACUGAAUCUACAACCGGAGGCGGGGCUACACUUAUCAACCUGGACGACGUGCCAUCCACGUCUUCAACGGCUUAGACAGCGAUUGUAUGCAAACAUAAAUGAAUUUUUGAUAUUUAAACGAAUGAUCUAAUGAUUUACGCCCAUGUUUUGUAUGAUUCUGCAUCAAGUACGUAACCGCCCCCAUCCGUGUUCCCCUUUUGUAAUUACCGUUCGUGUGUUUCGUAGUGUCCUGUAGAUUUACGCUUGCUUGCUGCUCACACCGCCGGCCGUGCUCCUAGGAACAGUGAAGUAUAAUGAGAAAAGCAAAAAAGAAAUACCUUCCAGGCGUUAUGAGAAUAACUAGAGCCUUUACAUAGACGCAUACUUUCUGUUGUAGUCUUUACAUGUAAUUCAAAAUGAUGCUUUAUUUAGUUAAUAACUGUAAAUAUAUUUAAAACGACAAAAAUAA